AACAACUAAUAUUGUCAUUAUUAUUGCGUCCUUUCUAUCAAAACCCACGUACAUAAAUGCUCCACACUAUAAGCACCCACACAAAAUUCUAGCAGAAUUUCAGGUGCCUGCCCUCGCAAAAAUUUAAAAUCGAAAUUAAAUCUCCCUACGCCAGAAGAUAUAUCACAUUUCCUCCACCUCUAUCUCCAUUGGCAUAACUUCAGGUACCCUUUUUCCUUCUCUUCAACAUACUCAUGUGUGUAUUACUGUCUUUUAAAGUGAGGUUUUAGAUCUUUGUUGAAUAUGCUUUGUGAUUUUCUUUUUAUAGUAUUGUUGGGUAUUUUAAUCUGUUUAAUCGAUUAUUAUAUGAUUUUAGCGCUGACCCUGUAUUAUUUUACAACUGGGUUUAUCAUUCACCGAAUUAUGUAUUUAGAAUUAGUUGAACACCCUUUUUCUUCAUGGCUUAAAGGGUCGGGGAUUUUGUGGGGAUCAUAAAAAUUUGUCAGAAUGCAUCAUGUGGGAAGACUGUUCUUUGUUUUUGUAAUGUUCUGUUUCUUCUCUACUCUUUUUGUUUCCUUUUUAAUUUGUUUUAAUAUUCUGCUCUAAUCAGAAGUUAGAUCUGGAAUGGUGAUUGAGUAGGUUUUGCAAAAAGUGCUCAAAGUUAAGAAUCCACAUGGUGGUGUCCAAACCCUGGGGCAAGUGUCUAUGCCUCAUAAAACGUUAGGAAUGGAAAAAGAAUGAUGGCAUACAAUCAAAAGUUCAUUUCUUUAACCUUACAAGUCAAAAGUAGUACUAGUAAAGUAUCAAUGAUAAUUGGAGAGUGUCUUUACUGGGGUAGGGUGUGAAGAAAGGAACAAUUAAUAAUUCAAUAUUGCAAAGGGAAAAUGGGGAAAAAAAUCAUGGCACAAAUCAAAGCUUAUUGACAUUAUCCUUGUGCUUGCCUUUUACGUUUGCUGUGAUAAUUAUUCUACAUUUCUACUUAGUUCGUAAUCAGGGAUUAUCGGGGUUUAGCACUUUAGCAGAAUCUUAGUGGGAUUAGAUGGGUUAAGCAGGAAAGAAAUAUUUCAUCUUAACUGCUGAUGGGUAUCUUCUUUCCUUCAUAGUUGUGCCAAAGGAGGUUAAGGUUUUUAUUUAUUUUUAUUUUUUGUUCUUUUUUAGCUGUGGGGACAACCCCUUCUUGACAUACUUCGUAUUUGCUUCUAUAAAGGAUCAUAUCUGAAUUUAAUGUCCUUGAUAUUAUGCCUUAAAUCUGUUGUUCUUUACUUUCACUUUUGCAUACUGUUUUAUGUCUUCUAUUAAUUCUGCUGGUUGCUAUUUGAAGAUUUUGAUUUUCUUUCUUCUCAGGCGGUCACCGGUGAACUUUCUUUGAAUUUUGUUUCAAAUCAUUUAUGUUCAGGCUAAAAAAACUCUUCCAGCCGAUGUGCGUGCGGAAACAUGCCAUGCUUUGAGAACUCAGCUGGACAUGCUGACAGUGAAUCUGCAGUAUGUAAUCUAGCCAAAGUCCCUAUGCAUGAUUUUAAACCAUUUGAAUGCAAUGACUAUGCCCAUCACACAACAGAAGAAAAACCAAACACAAAGGACAAUAGUGGAAUUCUAUUUCAUUUCAAUGAUAGUAAAGAGGAUGCGGACCCUUUUGUCUUUGAAGAAAAACCUGUUCUUGAUUCUUAUAAUGGCACCAAAGACAAUAAGAGUGAAGAUGGACUUUCACCAGUAAAGGAUGAUCAGGAUCUGAUGUUACACUUAAAUCUUUGCAAGGAAGAUGGAGAGAGCAAUGAUAAUGCUAUCAAAGAUAUUUGUAUAGACGUGGGGAUACCUCUUGUGGGAAAAAAGUUGAUUGAAAACUUGAACACUGACACAAAUGGCAUCUUUGGAGAGGAUGCUCAAAAGGAAGCACUUUCUGAAGAGGCAAAAGACAUGCUGGAUAUGAAGAUUGAUGAUUUAAAAUCAGUUGUAUCUGAUUGUCCCAUAUCAUCAUCUCUGGAGGAUAAUGUCAAAGAAUCUAAGGGUACUUAUGUAGAAGAUGAUUUGGUGAAGCCCUUUGAAUCAAGAUGCUCUACAUCUGAAGAAGUAUCGGAUGAUUGUCAGUCUCCUGAAGAGGUAAUAAUCCCUGGAAAGGAUGAGAGUUCUUGUGAUCAUGCUGCAGAACCUGAGUUGUUGCUAGAGAUGCAGACUAGUGAGGAUAAAGCCCCCGCUAAUCUAUUAAUGGGUGGCCAAGAUGGUUUUGCAGAUGGGGAAACUAGUUUCUCUUCAGUUGGUCCUAUAUCGGGUUUGAUUACAUAUUCAGGAUUGGCCCCACACCCUGGGAGCAUAUCGAUUCGUUCAGAUAGCAGCACAACCAGCACAAGAUCCUUUGCUUUCCCAGUAUUGCAAUCAGAGUGGAAUAGCAGUCCAGUACGAAUGUCAAAAGCAGAAAGGAGAUAUGGAAAGCAGAGGGGUUGGAGGCAGGGUCUUCUUUGUUGUAGAUUCUAAAUUCUUAUUAUUUCAUUUUUUAGGGCUCUUAGCUUCAUUAUAAUAACAUAUACAACCUAUAAGCAUACAUCAUGAAGCUGUUAGUGCAUGAUAUUAGAUACAUGUUGAUAGUAGGAGAGAGUGGUGUGAAGUCUAGACUGUCUAGAAGGUUUGUUUUUUCACUGCUUGCGUUGAGUUUGAGUUGUAAUGGGCAGCAAUACUAUGGGUUAAAGUUUUUCUUUGCCCUACAGCUACAACUUAUUUACUAUUGCAUUAAAUGAGCGAUCACUAUCAAAUCUUAAUAUAUAAUACUCG